GGUUGCGGGACCUCCUGAUGCUGGUGUUCUUGGUCGCCUGGUGGCUUCUACUGAGUGCCCACAAGACGUAUCGGCCCAUUGGGCUGCUAUUGCUCUCUAUGUCCGAGGUGGAAGUGGUGUACCGCACCAUACGGUACACGGGUACUCGUCCCCGCCAACACUGCACCCGCCGACACUGCACCCACCGACGCUUCCCCAGCCACCGACGACGCUCCUCCUCCCACCGCCCACCGCCCACCCAGUCCCUCGCCUCUCCGGCCAUCAUCCCUCCGGCUCCCACCCCGCCGUCAGAGAACUGAAGAUAGCUACGGAAGCUCCGGGAACAGGACGCCGCUCCAUUAUCGGAGCUCGUGCUUUAUUCGAAGAAGCUCUCGAAGCUUGUCAAACAAGAGAAAGGGAAAUUCGAAGAGACGGCUGGCGCAGCGUGUACUCGUUCAGACGUGUGGCUAUUUGUUGGGACAACUGUGCCGCAGGUAACGACAAUGAUACUCAACGUCUCGUCCUCCGCGGCUGCAACGAUCCCUCUGUCAAUUCUGCUCAAGCGCUCAUCAAGGACGAUAUCCGUGCAGAGACAAUCGAUGGGGGGUACCGAUUUGACUUCGACGCCGACGUGGAACCAGCGUGA